UCCUCUCAGUGACGGUUUACGGCCUGUCGCAGAGUCUUUGUUGAGCGACACAGCGCCGCCUGCUGGAGCGGAGACACGUAGCGGCGAGCGGCCCAGGUGAGUCACGCGGCGGCAGCAGGCCCCGCCCCUCAGGUGCGGCUCAUUAAAGAGCCGUGAAGGCGGAGCAAUGGCGUCCGCACCCGCCAGAGUCAAAGAGCGAUGAUGUCAAGCCGCGGAGUGGAAGCUCACAGCCCGCUGCGCUCCUCCAGUCUCUGCCUCGGCUCCUGGUCCUGUGCGAGGGGCUGGUCGGCCGCCAUGUGGGACGGCCUCCCAGAGCCGCUGCUGACCGUGGCCCCUGGAGGCUCCGCCCCCGAGCCCUGGCUCCUCCCCGGCUGCAGCUCUGUUUUCGACAGUCUGGUCAGUAACGUGUCUGCAGCCCCGUCUCCCCCAGCGAUCAGCGGCCUGCGAGGACGUGAGCGAGCUGCCAGCAACAAAGCCUGCAGGCCGUCCAUCCUGGAGCGUUGUAUUCUCAAAGUGUCAACCAGCAGCGUUGCCGUGGGGACGGACGAUCUGGACCACAAGAGGUCCGCUUACUGCUACCCGGUCCUCCCGGACCCGGCCAACACAGAGACCAACGGCGCGGUUCUGAAGCGGCGACAGAAGCAGAUCCAGUACGGCAAGAACACCAUCGGCUACCAGAACUACCUGCAGCAGGUCCCCAGACACCUGAGGGACGCUAAGCUCCACCCCUCCACGCCCAACAAGUAUCGCAAGUACAGCCGGCGCUCCUGGGACAUGCAGGUGCGUCUGUGGAGGCGAGCGCUUCACCUGUGGGACCCGCUGAGUGACGGCCCCAACGUCCAGGACCCGGUGGAGCAGCUACAGGGCCAGCUGGCGAAGAUGACCUCUGACCUGUGUGAGGAUGGAGGAGUCAAGCAGAGAGAGAAGGAGACUCCAGGAGCCUCUAAAGCCUCCUCUGUGUCGUCUCUGGAGCUGCCGGGACCCUGGAACAUCCCACUGUCUCCGGAGGCCGAGAGCAGCUCCAGGACUCCUCGUUCUCCACCUGGGUUCGGCUGCUCUUUCAGGAGGCCCUUGACCACUAGCGACCACAUGACUGACUGGCUCCGCCUCCUGCUUGAGGCCGACGGCGGCCCUGACGGGGGCUCCGAUGACCAGCAGGUCCCAGUGUUCUCCGAGCCGCUCUCCUGGACUCCGUACUGAGCGGAGUGAGGUUUUUUUGUUUUUUUUGUUGUGCUUUUUAAGAUGUAUCACGGUUGCUACGACGACAGCGGGGAAACGACCGGUCCCGAUCCACGAGGAGGUGCCACGACCUGAAGAGAACCCGAGAGGAACCUCGUCCUCUCUCAGCUGGACCCCGAGCACGGAGCUCUAGUUCACACGCGUGUUUGUUUGUCCUUGUUGGUGUCACUGCGUCGCCUCUCUGCAGGCCGCCUACCUUUGUCCACCGUCACUUGCUCCGCUCCCCGUGUCCCCCCCCCCCCUCCCCUCCUCCCACUGCUGUCGCUUUGUUGUUGCGAGUUUCCUUUUACUUUUUUGUGUCCCUCAAUUUGUCAUUUUGUGCUGCUCGAGCAUCGAGUGACGCUGAACGAUGAUUAAUAAAGAUGUAAAUAAAGUGUUAGACGUUCUGG